AUGGAAAGAGCAAUACAAGACAUUAGCUGUGAGGAGGUUGUGGAGCUGCAGGAGCAGCCAGCAACAGGGACCUCGGAAAGACGCACGAGCGUCAUAGAAGAACCACCGCAGGACGGGGAAGCGCCACCACCCGUCUUACCUCGGGACCUAGAGGUAAGAAGAAGGCGUAUCGAGCUUCAGAAGAAGGAGCUCAAACUGGAAAAUGCUCGGAAGAAUUUGGAGCUGGAAAACGCUCGUAAGGAGCUGGAUAUCGAGCUGCAAGAAAUCGAGCUAGAAGAGGAAAUAUCCGAUCACAGCAGCCGGGGUCAGCCACCCUUGAACCCGAUCGCGACCGCGGGAGUAAUGGCAACACGCACGGCCCCGGCACCGCUGCGAUACGACGACACAAUGGCGGACGACGCGCGAGGUCGUCAACCUUCGACUCCGGUAACUGCCCGGUUUCCACCGAAAUAUGACUGUACGUGGGAGGUGGACCAAGCAGCGGCACAAGAACGCGAGUAUAUGGAAUGGAGGCGUGCGGUGGAGGAUUCGAUUAAGGUUCACCGCGAAAGCAAGCAUAGCCGUCCUUACAAACCGGAGGAGAUAACGGGAGCAAAUUCGACAAUGGAGUCGAAACCAGCGACACAGAAACGUGUGUUACCCUUGACACCAGAACAAGAGUCAGCGCGCAAGUCGAUCCCUAAGGAACUUCCGGCCUUUUCCGGAGAUGUCGGUGACGACGAAAACCUAAUACGGCUUCAACGGGCACUACGGGGACCGGCAUUGGAAUCGAUUGACCACCUUAUGCUGCUACCGGACGGUUUGCCCAAAGUGAUCGAGAUUUUGCGCACGGAAUACGGAAGGCCAGACCUCAUAGUGGAUAGUUUGAUCGAGAAGGUGCGUAAGCUACCCCCCGUUCGUACCGAACGUCUAGAGACGCUGGCCACGUACGGCAAGAUGAUACGGAAAAUGUGCGCGACAAUAGAAGCUUCCGGGCUUCACGAUUAUGAAUGCAACGUCACGCUGCUGAAGGAGCUGGUAGCGAAGCUUCCAGGAGAGCGGGUGUUAGAGUGGUGGACGGACGAUACGCUACGAAACGAGUGCGAUUCGAGGGAAGUUCAGCUGCGGAUCUCAGGUGUGCACCAAGGAGCAUUGGUGUACGACUUACGAAAGGCGCACACCUUGCAAGAUCUGAUGCUACCGGUGCAGGCGCUACCGAUCGAAAAGCUGGUAAAGCUAUACCCGCAUCUGAAGGGGCUUCCGAUUGCCCCAUAUGUCAACGUGACGCCUCGUAUCCUGAUCGGUGUCGACAACAUUCAUCUGGGCAAGCCAUUACGUUGUGUAGAAGGGAGCUUCAGCGAACCGAUUGCUACCAAGACAAGACUUGGAUGGACAGUGUUUGGUCCUUGCUGCUUACCAGCCUCAGUAAGUAAAACGGCAUAUUUUAAUCUCCAUUUAUGUGUCUGUAAUGAAGAGGGAAAUCAGAAUCUGGACAUGGCGCUGAAAAGAUACUUCUCUUUGGAAUCCAUUGGAGUCAGCGCCGCACAGAGACUCUUGCCGAAAGAAGAAGCACGUGCGAUUACGAUGCUAAAUACCGGAACGCGUCUUGUGGGAGAUCGGUUUGAAACGGGCCUGCUAUGGAAGUAUGAUGAUGUGCGUCUUCCCUGUAACCGCGAGAUGGCCCUUAAGCGCCACACGUGCCUGAAAAGGAAGUGCGAAAAGAAUCCGGAAUUAGCCAGCGCAAUCAGCAAUAAGAUGCACGAGUAUGCGGAUAAAGGUUACAUUCGACGUAUGUCGGAAGACGAAAUCGAAGCGAGGAGAGAAAGGGACUGGUAUUUGCCGAUAUUCCCGGUUUACAACCCGAACAAACCCGGUAAGUUACGAAUGGUAUUCGAUGCUGCCGCACAAGUACACGGAAUAAGCCUCAACAUGUUCCUGCUCACCGGCCCGGACCAACUAGUGGGAUUGGUGCAAGUUCUGUAUAAGUUUCGAGAGAAUCGUAUCGCCGUAACUGGAGACAUCCGAGAAAUGUUCUUUCAGGUGCGCAUGAACCACGCAGACCAACGAAGCCAGAUGGUAUUCUGGGAUGAUGGCAGCAAACAGAAUGGUGAACCUAGUGUGUAUGCUGUUACGGUAAUGACCUUCGGAGCGGCUUGCUCACCUGGUAGUGCCCACUUUGUCAAGAAUCUUAACGCAGAGAGAUUCGUUGACCGUUUCCCGCGAGCAGUGGAAUGCAUUAAGUAUGAGCACUACGUGGACGAUAUGCUGGCCAGUGUCGAAACCGUGGACGAGGCAGUUACUCUGGCGGAGGAUGUGCGGCUCGUACAUUCGAAAGGCGGCUUUGAGAUCCGGAACUGGCUGUCCAACUCGAAGGAUGUCGUGCAUAAGCUACGGUGGGGAGUCAACCAAAACAAGUGUGUCGACAUGAGCUCGAACCAAGGCACCGAAAAGGUUCUAGGGAUGUGGUGGAAUACGGACGAUGAUAUGCUUACCUUCCGCAUAAAUCCGCGCAUGGAUGAGGAGCUGUUGGCAGGUGGUAGACUGCCGACAAGGCGGGAAGUGCUGAGCACACUUAUGAUGAUAUAUGAUCCGUUGGGCCUCAUUGGUCACUUUCUCAUGUUCCUCAAGAUACUUUUGCAGGACUUAUGGCGAACCGGGAUUCACUGGGACAAGAAAGUUGAAGGCGAAGCUGCAAAGAAAUGGUUGAGAUGGACUGGAUUAUUGCCGGAACUAGAAAAGCUAAUGAUCAGAAGGUGCUAUCGUAGCAUAACAUCGUCGCCAUGCGUGCAAUUGCAUGUCUUUACCGAUGCAAGUCAAAGUGGAAUGGCUGCAGUUGCUUACCUGCGCUUUGAGGAAAGCGGUGUGGUGGAGUGCGCACUGGUUGGGUCCAAAACGCGGGUGGCCCCGCUUAAACUCCUAUCUAUACCGCGACUGGAGCUUCAAGCGGCUGUGAUAGGAGCACGCUUCGCGGACCACAUCGCGAAGGCACAUCGAUUGAGGAUCGACAAGAGAGUGUUCUGGACUGAUUCGAGGAACGUGGUGAGCUGGAUAAAGUCGGACCAUAGGCGGUACAGCCCCUUUGUCGCCUUUCGGGUGAGUGAACUGUCCGAAAUCACAGACGCUAACGAAUGGCGUUGGCUUUCUACCAAGGUUAACGUAGCAGAUGACGGAACGAAAUGGCAAGGCCACCCCGAUUUAACCUCAUCCAGCAGAUGGUUCCGAGGACCAGAGUUCCUGUGGGAAGUGGAAGAAAACUGGCCAAUAAAUAAGGACGAUCCAGGUGAGUCGUCGGAGGAACUACGGAAGAGCUUACUACACCAUGCCAUCGUUAGAAACGUAGUCGAUUUCGCCCGGUUCUCACGAUGGAAGAAGCUGUUAAGAACAGUGGGUUUCGUUCAUCGAUACGUUGGAAGCCUACGGCUUCGAGCGAGACGGGAAAAGAACGCUGCGGGGCCACUGACGCAGGAAGAAUUGUUGGCUGCUGAACAUACCUUGUACAUAUGGGCGCAAUUGGACGGGUUUGCUGCCGACAUCAAGCGGAUGAAGAGCGGUGCGAAGGAGAAACACCCUUGGAAGAAUCUGCUCAAACGAGAUAGCGUGUUGUACAAACUAUCACCUGAAAUCGACGAAAGAGGUAUAUUACGAAUGCGGGGGCGACUAACUAAUUGUACUUUGCUAGGUGAUUCGCUGAGGAAACCUGUUAUCUUACCUAGGCGACAUCCCGUCACGGACCUGGUCAUCAAGGACUUCCACGAGCGAUAUUGCCAUCAGAGUCACAGAACGGUGGUGGGUCAACUCCGUACGCGUUAUCACAUCCCGAAGUUGCUGGUGGAGUUCUACCGGGUUCGACGCGGUUGCCAGCAUUGUAAGAUAAGGGACGCCGCACCAAACCCACCGUUAAUGGGCAAUAUUCCGCGGCAGAGAGUAGCAGUGAACCAACGAGCGUUUACCUAUACCGGGCUGGAUUAUUUCGGGCCGAUACUCGUGGUCGUGGGACGUCACUCCGAGAAGCGCUGGGGAGCGCUAUUCACUUGCCUCACGACGAGAGCAGUUCAUCUCGAACUGGCAUUCGCACUAACAACCGCUUCGUGUAUUUUAGCCAUCCGGCGAUUUAUCGCAAGAAGAGGGUCCCCCAGAGAAAUACUCUGCGACCGGGGCACCAAUUUCGUCGGUGCUGCGAGAGAGCUUAACGUCGCCCUGAAGGAUGUGGAUGAAAAUGCCCUGAUGUCCAGAUUUAGCGGUCCGGAACUAAAGUGGAGCUUCAACCCGCCAGCGGCACCCCAUUUCGGCGGCAGUUGGGAGCGUCUCGUGCAGUCGGUGAAGAAAAUUUUAUGCAGCUUUGAAUUACCACGGCUACCAACGGACGAGAUAUUAAUGUCAACGCUGACGGAAGUGGAGAUGAUGAUCAACUCUAGGCCACUUACCUACGUACCACUCGACGAGGAAUCCGACAGCCCGAUAACGCCGAACCACCUGCUUCUGGGAAGUUCCGACGGUAGUAAGCCAGCUGCCUGUUUCGACGAUUCGCCGACAGGGAUACGGACAUCGUUAGGAGCACUACACGUGAACGCGGAGAUAUUUUGGAAGCGGUGGAUCGCGGACUAUCUGCCAACCCUCACCCGCAGAACAAAAUGGUUUGACUCGGUGCCGCCGAUCAAGGAGGGAGAUGUGGUGUUGAUCGUGGAUGGGAACUUACCCCGGAAUACCUGGCCGAUGGGACGUGUGCUUGAGGUGACCCGCGCGAGGGACGGUCAG